AUUGGGCUUGGUUACGCGCCCCUAGCGCGAGCGGGGUUGUUCGUGGGUUUUUAUUGGACGGCCGUCGCCUCAUUGGUUGGUCAACCAACGUGCGCGCUUGCCUGUCCAGUCCUGCGGAUAGAUCAUAUCUCAUAUUACUGGUCGCCGCGCGCCGGGCGCCUAUAAUCACGCGCGAGACCGCCGAAGAAUCAUGGAAAGCAAAGGCCUGGUAAUUGUCGCCGUCGGCCUGCCCGGCGCCGGCAAGUCGCGCUUCCACGAGAAGUUUCUUCCCGACGCCGUCCGCUGCUGUCAAGAUCUCUUAAAACGGCGCGAGAAGGUCGAGGCGCUCGUCGAGGAGACCGUGCGAGCGGGCAAGGUGGCCUACGCACGUCGCAGUGUGGAAAUUAACGAAGUCGUGUCGAUGGCGCCGCAUUGGCGCGGGACCUGAGCGGGACGCUCGACGUUUGAUUUCCACACAGGUGGAUCGUACCGAUCUCGACCCGAAGCAGCGCUCGCACUGGGUGAAGAUCGCGAAGCGCUGCAACGUCGAGGUCGUCGCGUUACGGUUCACGGCGGACGUGUCUACGUGCAUCGAGCGCGCCAAGGCUCGCGCCUCCAGAGGCGAGCACGACGGCGAUCUCAACAACCCGAGCAAGGUCGCGGGCCUCGUCGGCAUGCUCAAGAAUCGCCAGAAACCCAUCGGCAAGGGCGAACGCUUCGACCAAGUUCUCGAAGCUUCGGAAGAAGACCACGAGAACGUCGCCCUCGUGAAUGCGCUUCUCGGCCGCACGCCAUCGCCGACAAAGCGGAAGGCCGAGGAGCCCGACACGCAGUACCUGGACUCGCCGGGCUUCCUCCCGCCGCAAGAAAAGCGCACCAAGAAGGACGCCGUCGUCGACCUCACCGCGGAGGACUAG